AUGGCGCAGGGCCCUUGUACUCAUGGGGUGCUGCGAGCUCCAUCCUCUGUGGUGUAUGCUAACCCCCCUACAGCUAGAACUCUGAGCUCAGAAGCCCAGCACACAGGCCCAGGGCCCCAGGCUGCCGCUUCCCCUGAGGGCUCUGCCUUCCUACACAGUGUGAAAGGCCCUGGCCUGUGUCCCUUCAGUACAGCCGGUGGAGAAGGGGUGGCUACGAGUUCUAAGUCCCCCGGGCCAGAGCUGCAUCGCUCACUGCACAUCGCAGAGAAGAAAAGGAAGCUCCAGGCCCCAGGCUUGGAGAAGUACCUGCCAAUGCCUCGAGGUGCCACAUGCCAGAAGGCCAUCAACAAGCCCCAAAGGGCUGGCACUGAAGCCAAGGGCCCUAUCAUAGGCCAGGGCAUGGCCCACGCCCAAUCUGUCAUUGUAAGAGGCGCCCUGGUGUGGUACAGAUGUGGGGACUUCCCCUAUUGGCCGGCAGUGGUCUGCAGUGUCACCGUCAGGGAGCAGACAGCCAGGGUGCUGUUGAUCGAGGCCAACCUGUGCUUGCAACGCAGUGGCAUCCGGGUGCCUCUCCACAGGCUGAAGCCCCUGGACUGUGAGGAGAAAAGCAAGCUUCAGCGCAGAGCCAGCAGAGCCUUUGGGCCCAGUGUCACCUGGUGCCUCUCCCUGGUCGCCCACUACAGAGAAGCCCUGGCCCUGCGGUCUUUCAAGGGCUCCUUCCUGGAGUACUAUGCCUCAGAUGCCAGCUACCCCCUCCGCAGGGUGCUGCGAGAGGGAGAGCCAUCCCGGGGCCUGCGUUUCCCUGAGGUCAACUACAGUGACAUGGAGGACUCUGAGGAGGAGGACCCCCCGACACCCACAGCCUGCCUGUCCUCCUCUGGGUCCCAGGGUGUGAAGCGGCCCCAUAGGAGACUGCUCCCAGACCGAAGGCGCGCUGCUUGGGAUCGCACCAACCAGAAGCUGGUAGACUUCAUCGUGAAGACCAAGGGGGCCGACGGCCACCUGCUGGACAUCAUGCAGGGCAGGAAGCCAUCCCGCCUCCUGGCAGCCUUCUUGCGAGAAGACAGGUACCUGAUUUGCAUGGAGACCUACCUGGAGGAUGAUGACCAGCUGGAGGUUGUGGCGCAACACCUACGGCGGGUCUGGGAGCGUACAGAAAACCCCAUGCGGGCUCUGCUUCGUGUGGACAAGGUGAGACUGGUGCUGGAGGUUCUGCUGCCAGAAGCCGUGAUCUGUUCCAUCGCCGCCUUGGAGGGCCUGGACUACCAGGACGCAGAGGAGAAGUACCUGCAGGGGCCCCCGGUGCGGCCCCGAGAGAAGGACCUGUUUGACAGAAAGAUCUUCAAGGAGAGGAAAAAGAGAUCCGCUGGCAGCAGGGAGCAGCCCAGAGCCUGCCACCUGCCCACAGCCUAG